AUGUCGACGGACCUCGGCGUAGCCGGUGUGGUUGUCCCACCCGAUUGUGUCGCCACCCAAUUGUCCCACCCGAUUGUCCCACCCAUUGUCCCACCCAGCGUCCCACCCGUCGACACGCGCGUUCGCCCUGGAGCGAAGUAUGAGGCGCAGAUCGCAGCCUUGAAGCAGAAGCGGUCGCGGGGCAUCCUGGAGCGCCGACACAUCACCGCGGAGGCCGACCGCGUCAUCGCCAGCAACCAGGCUUCCAGCGAGAUGGUGGCGGGCGAGGUGCGGCAGGGGACCGCCACGCUGGAGAAGCGCUUCGACCGCUUGGAGGCCAUGGUCUCCUCGGGCGCGUCGAGCUCCUCCGGCCGCGACGACCUGCUGCAGCGCCUCGCGGGCAAGCCCGGCAGCUCCAAGGAGACCCAGGCCGUGAUCGACGCCAACAAGGAGCUAAAGAAGCGCCAGCUCAAGGAGGAGCGCGAGGAGGAGAAGAAGGCCGAGAAGCGCCGCAAGGCCAUGGAGCCCUUCGAGAUCCCGCUGGAGGAGGGCGACUCCCGCCAGGACGGCGUCGUCGUCCGUGCCGGAGCGGAGCGGCGGUUGUGCGACUACAAGGCCGACGAGCCCUUCGACUUCCACGGUGUGACCUGCCGCCUGGUGGAGAUGGGGAACCACGGCGCGCGGCUCCAGCUGGAGCCCUGCAACGCGACCCAGCUCAAGGCCCUGCAAACCUUGCCGAGGCAUCCCAGGACGGGCAAGAGCCUCUUCGAGCAGCUGCAGGCCGUCACCAAGCACGGCGCCGUGGCGGCGCAGCUCGUGGACGGGAAGGUCAAGGAAGCCGCCAACCAGAAAAACAUCACCGCGGCGCUCCUGGGCCUGCGCUUUCGCGCGCAGUACUUCAACCCGGUCGAGUUCCUCAGGCUGAAGAGGGAGGCGAGACCGGCGGCGACCACGGCGGAGGAGCCCGUGCGGAGCCACGAGGUCGAGCAGGUCGCGGAGCCCGCGUGGAGCCCCCAGGAGCUGGACCAGGAGAGCACGGUCGCCAGCAGCGGCCUUGCGAAACCCGCCGAGCCCGAGGAGCCCCUCGGCGAGCUCCACGAGCUGGACCUGAACGGCGAGAAGCUGCGCUUCACCGUGGUGGGCGUCUUUGGCCGCUCCCCGAUCGGACCCAGGAGGACGCUGAAGCCGCAGACCGGCUCGGAGGCUGGUGGUGCGCUCAAAGCUUGUGACUUUGGUGCACUCAUGCCUUUCUGGGAGGCUGCUUCGAGCACACUUUUGCAUGUCCACGAUUCAAAACCUGUGCUUCUACUGAUCAACAAGACAAAGCAGCAGAUCCAAAACACCACUUUUUGGAGAGCCGAAGUUCCAAGUCUUGCCAAAUACCCUCCGAAAAAUUCCAUGACAUUGGUAACUUUCAACAUGCCAUGCAUUGAAUUGUACCAGCUCUUAGAAGAAAGAAUCACAGAGAUCGUGGGCAGCAACGUGGCCAGUCUCAACCGCUGGAAAAAACGCAGUGGAGGCAUUCUUUGUCAAAAGCAUCCAUCACAUGGUUCACGACAGUUGGAGUUGGUUGCUGUGCCUUACCCUCCUCUGUUUUUGACGAAAACGGACUUGGAGCAGCAGGGCUUUACAAACAGAACGCUUCAGGAACUAGGCUUUCCAGCAAAAUUCUUCAAGGCUCGGGGAUGGAGGGUCCAGGCCGGCGACUUGGAAGACCUUUUCUUCGGUAUAAGAGAGCUGAAGGAGGGUGGCUUCACCGCAGCGGAGCUGAAGGAGGCAGGUUGGCAUGCAUAUACUCUGAAGCAGUUUGGCUUCAACGCAAGGGAGCUGAAGGAGGGUGGCUUCAACGUAAUGGAGCUGAAGGAAGUGUCCUUCUCCGCAAGGGAGCUGAAGCAGGGUGGCGUCAACGCAAGGGAGCUGAAGGAGGUUGGCUUCAAUGCCUGGGAGCUGAAGGAUGCUCUCUUCCCCGCACUGGAGCUGAAGGAGGCUGGCUUCAACGCAAUGGAGCUGAAGGAGGCUGGCGUCACCGCAACGGAGCUGAAGAAGGAGCUUCAGUUUGGCAUUUACUUCAGGAAUCCGCGCGAGCUUGGCUUCAACGCAAGGGAGCUGAGCGAGUUUGGCUUCAAAGCAUGGGAGCUGAAGAGUUUUGGCUUCAACGCAAGGGAGCUGAAGGAGGCUGUCUUCUCCCUAAAGGAGUUUGGUAGGGGUGACUUCAGCGCAAGGGAGCUGAAGGAUGCUGGCUUCACCGCAAGGGAGCUGAAGAAGCAGGUUUUCGUCAGCAUGACCGCAAGGGACCUGCAGACGAUUGGCUUCAACGCAACGGAGCUGAAGGAUGCUGGCUUCAAUGCAACGCAGCUGAUGAGGCUGUUUUGA